CGUGGGCUGCCCUCUGGCUUCCUUUGGAUCAGGGGCUGCUGCGCUCAGUCGCUGCUCUGGGGACAGCCAGGAAGAGGCCAGGCUGCCCCUCUGGACCCUGCAGUGACCAGCAGAGAGUGGUCGGUCGCUCUUCCGAUGCAGGGAAACGAGGCAGUUAUGAACAUCUGAACUGUUCUGGGUGGGAAAAAGCCUCAGGACAGAUUCUGCAAACGCACUUUUUUAACCCAGCCAGCAGCAUCCAGCCUCGGUAGUGCAGAGCCAGAAGUUCCAUGUCUCAGAGUGUCCUGCAGGCCACCCCAUCUUCUCUGAUCCCAAGAUGCAUUUCAGGAACUUCUCCAUCAUCUUCGCCACCGAACAGCCUCCUCAAGAGCUGGCUCCCACCAACGUCUCCACCAGGGAGGCCUGCCUCCUCCGCUUCUCCAGCCACCAGUUUGUGGUCAUCCCCGUGCUCUACUGCAUGAUCUUCAUCCUUGGACUUGUGGGCAACAGCAUGGUUCUCACGGCACUGUGUCGGCAGAGGAGCCCCAAGACAGUGGCCAACGUCUACAUCUUCAACCUAGCAGUGGCUGACCUGCUGGCCCUCAUCACCCUUCCCUUCUGGGCCGCCAGCUAUGCCAACGGGUACAACUGGGUCUUUGGCUCCAUGAUGUGCAAGCUGUCCGGCUCCAUCCUCUGCUUGACCAUGUUUGCAAGCAUCUUCUUCAUAACGUGCCUGAGUGUGAACCGUUACCAGGCCAUCGUUCACCCUUUCCAGUGCCAGCAAGGAACUUUGGAACGGGCCUUCGUUGCCACAUUCACCGUUUGGGGACUGGCGACCUUGACUUCUCUGCCCACUUUCUGCUGGCGUGAAGUCAACUACAUUGAUGAGCUGGGCGUGAACGCUUGCAUCAUGGCCUAUCCCUCCGAGAAUUACGCCACCUGGUCAGCUGCAACAGCCUUAAUGAAAAACCUCCUUGGCUUCCUGCUCCCCAUGGCCAUCAUCCUUGGGUGUUACAUCUGCAUCAGGGUGCACCUGAAGAAGGCCCAAGGUUUCGCCAAAAGCAUGAGGGUCAGGGACCGGGUGCUGAAGUUGGUGGCCGCCGUGGUGGUGGCCUUCUUGAUUUGCUGGCUCCCAUUCCACAUCUUGACCUUCCUGGAUGCCCUCUCCUGGAUGGAGGUGAUCAGCAGGUGCCACCUCACCUCCGUGAUCGAUGCGGUGCUGCCCUUUGGGCUCUGCAUGGGCUUUGCAAACAGUUGCAUCAACCCCUUGUUGUACUAUUUUGUGGGCAGGCAGUUCCGGGAUAAACUCCAGCAUUUAUUCAAGCUGAGCCUCUCCCAGUUCAACAGUGGCCGGGAAACCCUUUCCUCCAGCAAAACCAGCUCCCUCAAGACUGCUGGCUCCCUGAAGGAGGCUGACCCAGGAGGAGCCACGGAGAGGCCACUGACCCACCCACUGUGGGUUCCCUAAUCGCCAUCUGGAAACAAUUAAGUGGCAGUUAUGUCCUCUCUGUGACUCAUGUUUUUCCUCUGGUCUCCCCUUGCUCAUCUCCUAGGACAAUCUGUCCAUCCAAGACCAUGUUUCCAUUUGCUUUGAGAAAGGCUGUCUUGUAGGGGGCAAUUAAUUGUCAAUAAAUAUCUUAACACUUUA